AUGGAUAGUGUUACUAGUGAUGAGAGACUAUGCUUUGAGACCUUAGUGGUGAUGAGAGACUAUGCUUUGAGACCUACAUUGGUCAUUACGGCUAUUGGCUUUAAAGUUUCCAUUACCGAAGAGGAUGUUGCGGAGGAAAUCAACUAUUGGAAAUCUUCAGUUGUUGGAUAUGUGAUGGGUAAGAGGCAAUACUAUCCUCAUUUCAAUGCCUUUAUUGAAAAAUACUGGUCUAAAGCAAUCACCUUGGUGUAUCUAAAGAAUGGUUUCUUUAUGGUACGUUUUCAACAUGCAGCCGAUGUGCAACAAGUGUUAUCACGUAUUCAUACAUUUGAAGGCCGUGUAAUUAUUAUUAAGCAAUGGAGUAAGAAUGUUACCUUAAAGAGGGAGAAUUUUGAUUCACUUCCAAUAUGGAUUCGUGUUCAUGAUUUACCAGUCCAUUGUAGGAAUUCUAUUUCAUUAUCUAAGGUUUGUUCAUUGUUCUCAAAGCCGAUCUACAUGGAUGAACCUGAUUUACAUCGUGAUAAAGAUGAGUUUGUUCGAGUAAUGGUUGAGGUGGAUAUUUGCCAGGAUCUGCCAGAAUCUAUGGUUAUUGACAUACAUGGUGAAGAUUACACUGUUAAUAUUGAAUAUGAAUGGAAACCAGUGGUGUGUUCUUUGUGCUAG